AUGCUGCGUGUUUUCCAUCGGGCCGCUCGUAUGGCAACUCCAGCUGCUCGUAAUUUAAGCAGCGAGGCUGGAAACAAUCAGUUGGUGAUUACGGAGGUGGAUGAUAAAACGGGAUAUGCUACCGUUACGUUAAACCGGCCACCCGUUAACAGCUUAAACUUGGAAUUGUUGAAAGCUAUCUCGCAAACGUUAGACGAUCUGCAAAAUAAUAAAUCUCGUGGCAUGAUUCUGACUUCGUCUUCUAAUACUGUAUUCAGCGCUGGAUUGGACAUCAUGGAGAUGUACAAACCUAACCAGGAUCGACUGCGGGACUUUUGGUCAACAUUGCAAGAUGUUUGGUUCAAGUUGUACGGGUCACCGUUUCCUACAGUAGCUGCCAUUAAUGGCCAUGCACCAGCAGGUGGAUGCUUAUUAUCUCUAUGCUGCGAAUAUCGUGUCAUGCGUCCUAACUACACGAUUGGGUUGAACGAAACCCAAUUAGGUAUUGUGGCACCGACCUGGUUCCAGGCAUCUCUUCGCAAUACUAUCUCUCGCCGGGAGUCCGAACUGGCUCUUACUCUAGGCAAAAUGUAUACAACGGACGAGGCACUGAAAGUUGGCAUGAUUGAUGAAAUUGCCGAGACUAAAGAGAAGGCAUUGGAGCAGGCUACAAACUUUUUGAAUCAGUUCCGCAAAAUUUCUCCUAUGGCAAGAUCGAUGACGAAACAAGCUUUGCGCAGUAAAGAUAUAGUUGAACUGGAGGAUAACCGCUCCCAGGAUAUCGAUCUGUUUGUCUAUGCCGUUAAUCAACCUGCUGUUCAAAAGGGAUUAGAAGUUUACCUCGAAAGUCUUAAGAAAAAGGCAAAAUAA